AAGUGAUAGUUCCAAUAAAAAGAAGCAUUUAAGCAACUUCAAAAUUGCACCACUUUCCAGGCCAACCUAUUCCAUCCAAAAUGGUUGUGUUUUUAAAGAUCCAAACAUACACAACACUUCAUUAGAGAGUUUUGAGAUAACUGCAAAAGCUAAAAAUUUGCUGAGAAGAAAAUGGCUAAUUUUCUUAUGGUGAAGAAUCGUUUGGCUCUUUUAGUGCUCUUAUUUACUUACUACUUCUACUUGGGAGAUUUCAAUGUAUGUGCGCUACGGCUUAGACCUGGAUUUGUUUACACCAGAAAUAGAGGAAGAUGCACUCCUCAGUAUUGGAGCAGCAGGAGAGAGUCAUGGCCAAAUAUGGUACCACAGACAUCCACAGUAUCCAAAAUAUUCGGAUCGAGGGCCUAUGAGAGAUACAGGUACGAUCUAACACUGCUAGAAGCUGCUGGAAGAAACGACGAUGGGGAUAACGUAUUUGCUAGAUUAGUGAAGCAAUCUACAGCUGCAUUGUUGAAUUCGUAUGCCAGACACAAUUAUCCAUACAGUGCUUGGGAAAUAAAGACAAUGCUCAUUCAAGCUUUGGUUUCUGAAAAGUCUGCUUCCCUUUUGGCUCAACGCUUAUCUGAAGCUAAUGAAGCCUGCAACUAACUUUAAUUACUUAGCUUCUUGUUGAUUCUUACAACAAGUGUGGUUAAUCUUUUGUUAGCUUUUUGUGUUUAGUAUGAAGCUGUAAGCUAUGGAUUUAAUACCGUAGCAAAAGAAUAUGGAGUUGAAAUCAAGGCAUAUUGUGUGCUCAAUCUAAUCAAUCUUCCUA